AUGGCUGAUCCGGAUGCCACCCCAACGGCCGCACAAUUUGGAAGCGACGUAUCACUACAGCAUCCACCUUUCAAAAGGAAAAGACGUGCAGUGUCUUCUCAACCCAUCUUCAACCAAGAUCAAGAGAACGGCGAAGACAUGAUGAUGCAUACGCUUUACGAUGGUAUACGGACAUCAAAUGCUGAAGUCGUCAAAAAGCAAGAUGCGAAAAUCGAUAAGUUGACUGAUAGCGUUCAGCAUAAUUCGACCAUAUUGGAUCGCGUUCUGGAGGCAUUGGAUAUUCAAUCAGUCAAGAACAAGGGCAAACAGCGGCAGGAGGAUAUGGACAUCGACAAAGAGGAGCGCCGUCAGGGUGACAGUGGCACCACAACAAAUGAAAAAAGCAAGCCGGAUGACAAUCAUGCUGACACUGAUGGCUCGGGAGAUUCGACCCAGGAAACUCCUUUCAGUUAUGCCACAAAAAAGAAAGCAAGUCCUCGUUCAGGAGCCAUAAAGCAUCGGCCACAGCAAGAGCUUAAAAACAAGGAGACCAUUCGUCAAUGGUUCAACGAAGUGAUGCAGGGGAAAGACCUCUACAAAAAUGAGGUUUCCGAUGAAGAAGCCAAGCAAUUUGCUGAAAAAUUCAAGACGGAUCCACUUGCACGCCCGUGCACUGUUGACAAUUUCCGAUAUUGGAUUGCAGAUAUCCUCGUGAAGAAGAGGCUAAUCACCAUACCCAACAUCAAAGCUUGCGAUAUCUUGCGUGAGGCUUUCUUCAUACGAUUGAAAACACUUCGUGGAAUCUGGUUGGAAAAACAGAAAAUGGUAGAGGAUAAGAAGAUACCACAUGCCAUAUUUGCAAAGAGAUGGCAAAGGAAAAACACUUUGUUCCAACGACAAAGGAACGUGAUACUUGCAGUUCCAGCACUCGAACCCUAUCUUGACGACUUCGAUGAACUAGGGGUUGCAGGGAUGUCUUCUGAUGAAGAGGAACCUGACAUGGAUGAAGCGACUAUGUGCUACAACAUCAAGGAGCCAUGUUGGCGAAGUCAGCAGCUCAAGAAUUGGGUCAGGCUUUUGGACUAUUGUCAUCUCGAGGGUCGGACCUCUCUUGAAGGACCCCAGUUUGGUUUCACGCGAGGCGCUGCACCCCGUCUCCGUGUGGAUAAUAAUGACAAGAGUUCGAAGAGCAGAUACAUUGUUGGGCUCCCUGCUAACUUCUACGAUGCAGAAUGGCUCGAGAAGCAGGAGCCUGGAUGGGCAAAAGGUGGGACGGGAUUUGUCAAUGAGAUGGUCCGCCCUUGUGCACCUAAGAAAUUAGUUUUCCCUGCCGAUCUUGCCAGGUUCGUUACCGUAGGUGUACCUACGAGCGCAAUCGCAAUGGAUGCCAAACCCACUGAAAUCAUACAGGCAAAAACAGGCGCAGACGUCUGUUCUAACACUGUAGUAUUUCGAUCAAUCGAUAACAGGAAGUUCAUCAUGCUCAAAGAGCAACUCGAUGUUGCUGCUGGUGGAUUUCCCCCUGCUAUUCUUUCCAGCGAAGCGGACGUGCAGCUUUCCGAACCUUCUGAUGUCCUGAAGGUUCUAUUUCAAUACGUCGCAGCAGACACUGACCAUCAUGGACCUACCCUGGAGCACAUCGAUUUCUUCUCACUAUUGAGCGUGGCCGAAGCGGCAGAAAAGUAUGAAGUAUACCAGGCAAUUGCUGCCAUGCGACCAGAAUUCGGGAAAUUCUUCCACAGUCACUCCAGACAAAUUCUGCACUUUGCUUUAGGGAGUUGGAACAUAUCUCUGAUGGAGGAGCUCUCUGCUUACACGGCGAACAUACCUAUGGAGGAGAUAGCUUUUUUAAUGAGGCCAUGUCCUCGCAUGUUCAAAAGAUGGUGCUUAUGGAGACAUUGCCACCUUGGAACGUUAUUCAAAACUCCGGCGGACAGUUCAAGAGAGGGAAAGGUCGAUGAUAAUCAAAGACGCUGGCAAGCUUACCAAGCCCUGGAGUACUUUCAUUUUGUUUCGGACAUGGAUACACUGAACGGCUCAUUCUUGGGCUUGACGAGACGUUUUGGGCAAGGAAACGAGCACUACCAGGAAAGGCUUGCAUAUGGCAAGGAAAUAUUCUUACAUCCGAUAAUCGAAGGUCUGGAAAAGAUUGUGGAGGACAAGGGUGUACGAGCGACUGGCUUCAGACUCUCUUCCAUCUCAUUCGGUGCAAUCGAGAGCCUUCUUGCGGAAGAAUACAUUUGGAGGAUGAUCAUCCAUGGCGGGACAGGGGCACUCGUGGAGUCGCCUUGCUAUUUUGACCUCGACAACCCCACCAGCGACGAGGAUGUAAUCGAUCACCUCCAAAGGUAUUAUGAAGUAUUCAAAUUUAUCCCUCCUUCUGAGAGAGAGGAAGGUCUACCAGAGGUCUUGAAGGAAGAGGGAAUUGAUACUGACUCUUGGAUUGCAAAGGCUACCCCGUAUAAUUCUCUUAAACCAGCCGCCAUAUCCUUCAAAAUGUCUCGCCCUCCCAUUGUCUCUCCAGAGAUGAUCACAUACUGCAGGAAUGCAAUCCGCAGUGAGCGCAAGCGAUUCGAGCAAGGAGUUUAUCCCGAUCUUUGGUUCAACCUUUCUGUAUAUGAAAAAGGUGGUACUAUAGUCACAGGGCAGCUUCUCGACGAGGAGACUGUUUCGAUUCCCGACUCGAUUUUUUGA